AUGUUCGUCUCCGCUCGCGCGCGCGUGAGCGCUUCCACGCGUCCGUACGCGUCGUCCAAGCUUCGUUCAGGAUCUGCGCGCACCAUACGCGCUACCCAACGACCGCAAACUUCGACGUCGCUCAAGAUAUCAUCGUUCGAGCUUUCGCUCGCGCUCGCAUCCUCCAUCGCCGUGACCGUCGGUCCUGCGCUCGCGGAGACGGUGGAGAGCGUGCCGCUGACGAAACAGCCGGCGUUUAUCGGGUUCGCGUGCGUAGCGGUGUGCUGGGGAAUCCCGCAGACGCUGGGGACGAUGGUGCUGGCGAAGAAGGAGGCGCGCGCGCGGGAGCUGUUGGCAGAGGCUGGUAUCGACGCGAGCGACAUCGAACAAGGAUCGUGGGGACGGAUUCAGACACUGUGUCAAGAUAAUGGCGUCGAUUGGAGACAAAAAUGA